AUGACAGCCGCCCCUCCCUCCGCCAUCACCAACUCAUCAAUGGCUUCCAGUCCGCAGCAAUUCUCGCCCAUCAUGUCUCCGGACCCGGAGGUGCUCACUACCAACAGCUCCAUACAGCCAUCCCCGGAGCCCAUACGCGGCAGGGACUCGGAAUCCUCUCUUCUGCCGAUGAUGGAACCCCUUCCCGAUUCUAUUAUAUCCCGUAAGACGAGCACAAAUUCAUUGCCACAGAGCAUAACAAGCGAGCGGUCGACGCAGAAUGAAGCACUGCCAUCCAAGACCGGCAUCUUCAGACGCCUAUCCAGCAGGGUCAAGACAGAAAGCUCCCGGCUUAGGGGAAGCCGGCGUACUUCUUCAACUCACCCAGUCAGCCGCGAUGCCAGUGUAGGGCCCGCAGUCAUGAGGCGCGGGAGGAGUGAUAGCGGUGCUGCUGCUCCACCUGAGUAUGCUAUUGCGAUUGGUUCAGAGAGUGACGAUGAGGCCGGCAUUGUGAGGGAGCAGCAGGUUACUCAUCCCUUACCUAUUGCCGAAGGGGAGGCUUUGCGUGAUUUCUCUCCAACUAAUGCUUCUUCGCCCUCCGUUGCCGCCUACACAACACUCUCCGAUAUCCACACAGGACCCGUCAUUCCACAGUCUCUUCUCUUGGGCACGAUGGUCUCAAAGCUGUCCAAGAGGAGGAAGCGCCUGAAUCUGGCCCUAGAUUCCGAGGCUGGCAAGAUCUUUUGGGAUAAGAACAGGCCAUCCAAGUGCGUCUACAUCGACGACAUCAAGGAGAUCCGCGUCGCGCCGGAGGUUCGCCAGUACCGACUGGAUUGUGGUGCUUCCGAGGCAGAGGAAUCGCGCUUCUUCUCCAUACUUUAUGCCGUACCAGACAAGAAACAGAAGACCAUGCACCUCGUUACGGACGAUAUGGAGUCGUUCAAUGCUUGGGUCUCGACACUCGACGCGUUAUCGAAGCACAGACAAGCCCUCAUGACAUCUCUGAUGUCCUUCAACGACCGGGCCAUCAGAAUCUACUGGCGCAAAGAGAUGACAAGGCUCUAUCCAGACAAUCCCCCUGCCGAAGAAGAAAUCCAUUUCGCUGGCGUCGAGCGCGUCUGUCGCAACCUGCACAUUCACAUCUCACAAGAAACCCUCAAAGCAAACUUUGACCAAGCCGACAAGACGCAGACAGGUAAAUUGAACUACGACGAAUUCCAGGAUUUUGUGCGCCUUACGGCAAGAAGAGAAGACGUUCGAGCCGUGUACCGGGAGAUUGCCUCUGAUCCGGAAAGCGGACUGACCUUUGAGGAUUUUCUCAAGUUCCUGAAGGAUGUUCAAAACGAGAAUGUCGAAGACGUCGGCGCCUGGGAGACGAUCUUCCACCAGUUUGGCCGUGGAAAGGCAUCCGAGACCAGUUCCAUCAGUGGUACUUUCGAGAAACCACGCAUGUCUGAGACUGCGCUUGCAAAAUACCUCACGUCAAUUCACAGCACUCCUGUGGAGGUUGCUCCAAAGGACUGUGAGCUUAAUCGGCCAUGCAAUGAAUACUUCAUAUCCAGUUCGCACAACACAUACCUUACUGGGCGUCAAAUUGGAGACAUAUCCAGUAUCGAGGGCUACAUCUCCGCUCUUAUGCGUGGUUGCCGCUGUGUCGAAAUUGACUGCUGGGACGGCCCAGAAAACCAGCCCAUUGUCACUCAUGGCAAGACGUUGACCAGUCAAAUACAGUUCCGCGAGGCUGUUAGUGCCAUCAAUAAGUACGCAUUCGUCAAAUCUACUUAUCCAUUGUGGAUCUCGCUUGAGGUUCACUGCAACGCCACGCAACAGGAAGUCAUGGCCAACAUCAUGAAGGAUGUCUUUGGAGAGAAAUUGGUGACUGAGAAGCUCGAAGGCUGUGAGGAUCAGCUUCCCACGCCUGAGCAGCUGCGAGGUCGCAUCCUGAUCAAGUGCAAGACGCCAAAUCUCAACGAGACAAAGAACGCCGAAACCAAUGGCGCGGGCAGACGACGUGGAAACAGUCUGACAUCACCUUUCACUCGGCCCACUAACAUUGGGGAAUCGUCUAUUCCAAAUAGCCCUCUCCUGAGUCCCAAUUAUCCUGGGGUCCGACGUGGUAGUAACCGUCGUGUGAACACUAUCGCUGAAGGCGAGACAUCCGAUGUCCAGGAACUAUUCAGCAGCAGUUCUAGUGACGACAGUGGAGCAGAGAAGCCUCCGCGCUCCAAGCAGAGCAAGAUCACCAAAGCCCUUGGCGAUCUCGGAGUGUACUGCCUUGGUGUCAAAUUCCGAGGUUUCGACGACGCCGACUGCAAGACCUUUAACCACAUCCUCUCUUUCAAGGAGCGGACCUUCCUCAACAACAGCUCUGACAAGUCGAGCAAGGGUGCGUUGUUCCGCCACAAUAUGCGAUACUUGAUGCGUGUGUACCCAGCACAACACCGUUUCACUUCAACCAACUUCGACCCGCUCAUUUAUUGGAGGCGCGGUGUCCAGAUGGCUGCUUUGAACUGGCAGACGUUCGAUCUAGGCAUGCAAUUCAAUCAAGCAAUGUUUGCUGGGGGAACAGACACUUCCGGGUACGUGUUGAAGCCACGAGCCUUCAGAGAACUCCAGAUGGACCCCAAAUCGGGUAGGGUCUUCCGGACGGUUCCGGACCUGCCCGAAGAGCUGAGCAACAAACGAGAACGCAAGAACGUGAGCUUCACGAUCGACGUCAUCUCGGCACAACAGCUCAUGCGUCCCUUCAACUUGGGGGAGCGUCGAACCGUGGAUCCCUACAUCGAGGUCGAAGCCUUUCUUGCCGACGACAAGAGGGAUAAGCAGGAGUCGAAUGCGCCGCCACUUCGGAGGCCGCUCAGGCAUCGCACCAGAAUCGUCAAGGAGAAUGGCUUCAACCCUGUCUUUGACAACAAGUUUGUCUUUGAAGCCCGCACCAAGUACCCCGAUCUCAUUUUCAUCAGGUGGUCGGUGAAGCUCUCGGAAGGAGGCAACUACAAUGACCGUGCGCCAGCAGUUGCUACCUACACGGCGAAACUGACGAGUCUCAAACAAGGCUACCGUACUUUGCCAUUGUUUGACCAUAACGGAGACCAAUACCUCUUCUCGACGUUGUUCUGCCGCACCAAGGUGGACCCUAUCACCAGCGUCUUCGUUGACUACGAUACGGAAGUGGAGAAUUCGAACAAGCUGAAGAGCCUCGGCAGAACUGUAUUCAACCGUUCAAAUCAGCAGAGUCCUAAGUCCAGCUUCGAUAAGGAACAGGGCAUCUCGGCAUAG